CCGACCCCGUCACAAACAACACAUUCCCACAUUGACGACACCGACUAGGCGACUGCUUUCUCAAUGAUUCAUUGCGCUCAGCUGCAUUGGUUAUUUUUUGACUGCAUUCGGCCCGGUUUGGAGACGUAGAUCGAGCCAGGUUGGUUAUCUUUUCUCUCUCUCUCUCUCUCUUAGACGUGGAGGAGACGCGGCGCAUCACAUGUUGUAGACUGUAGCUGCUGCGGUGGAUGUGAAUUUUCCAAGGACACCAAAAAAAAAAGAUAAGAAAAAUGCGGCAGCGAUGAGCACGUCUGCAGGAUAGAAGGAGCAAGUGAGGAGGAGGCUGUGCAGGAAACCCAGUUUUCAUCACAUCCAGGGUUCAACAUCUCCUCGCCGCCUGAUCUCGGGAUGCCACGUCAUGAGUUGAUCGCUCUCGACAGAUGUGUUGCAGCUGCACGGACAUAGAUCUCCCGAUUCUGCUGAUAAAUGUUUAUGAUUCUAUGAAAAAGGAGGGGUGGGAAACCGUUGACGUGCUAAAUGUUUGGUCCUCGUUCGGCGCACAACGAGAUCUCAACAGUCUUUUAGUCAUUGCAAUUGCAUAAGAUGAUACCUGGAUCUGCCGCAUCAAUGCUACCGUCUGCAGAAGCUGCGAAACUGUACCAGACCAAUUACGUCCGGAACUCCCGGGUCAUCGGACUUCUCUGGGCCAUUUUUACUAUCCUGUUCGGCAUCGUGAACGUGACCAUCUUCUCGCAGCCCUAUUGGAUCGGGGAUGGCGUGGACACGCCGCAGGUCGGUUACUUCGGCCUCUUCCACUAUUGCAUCGGGGACGGAAUCUCCAGAGACCUGGCGUGUCAGGGCAGCUUCACAGAGUUCGCCGCCAUCCCGUCCAGCGCCUUCAAGGCCGCCUCCUUCUUCAUCGGGAUGUCCAUGAUGCUGGUGGUGUCCUGCAUCGGCUGCUUCAGCCUCUUCUUCCUCCUCAGCACCUCCACCGUGUACAAGAUCUGUGGCUGGAUGCAAGCAGCAUCAGGUGUCUGUCUGGUGCUGGGCUGUAUGAUCUACCCUGAUGGCUGGGACAGCGACGAGGUCCGGCGGAUGUGCGGAGAGCAGACAGACAAGUACAGCCUGGGGGCGUGCUCGGUCCGCUGGGCUUACAUCUUGGCAAUCAUGGGCAUCCUGGAUGCCCUCAUCCUCUCCUUCCUGGCCUUCGUCUUGGGGAAUCGGCAGGACGGACUCAUGACAGAGGAGCUGUUGGCUGAAAGCAAGGAGGCAGGGAAUGCCUAACCAUACUGAGGUUCCUUCAUUUAGGUGUCCAUUUUCAUCAAGUACCAGUCUCUCACCAAACAGGAGAAAGUCAGCCCGGGUCUGUGGGGGAAAGGAAUACAAUUCAGUCAGUUCGCCUUCCACAUCCACCUGACCCAAAUCCUAUGAAAUCUACCUUUUGAAGUCCUUGCAUCCUGCUUGCGGUCCUUACAUGUGACUCCAGCAUUUAGAUGGAGUCCAGUACAUUUCUAUCCAAAUAUGGUCCACAGAGCUAACCCUUGCACAUGGCAGGGGACUAGACUGGUAUUGUGUUAAGACAAAGAGCAUAUAAAAUAUCCACUACCUACCAGAAAAGACACAGGGUUAACAUUUGACAUUUGCAGUUCCAGUACAGACCAACACACACACACACACACACACACACACACACACACACACACACACACACACACACACACACACACACACACACACACACACACACACAAACA